AUGCAGCAAGAAGCACGAAACACCGAGGUGCGCAAUAUAUGGCGGAUGGGUACUAAUUUCCGUCAUCAGGCAGUGCAAUUUGUGAGUGCAGGUCUACAAGAAAACAAUGAGAAAAAACUGGAAAGUUUGGACAUGCAACACAAGGGAAUAGAAAUGACCCUACCUAAACUCCCCCCAGAACAAUGCAACGGAGAGUCCAUGCGAUAUCCACACCCUACUAUCAUUUCACCAGAUGGGGAGAUUCCCACGGAUACCGAGCAUAUAGACCACAUCACCCCCGGAGGGGGUAACACCAGCGAGGAUGAAAUAGUGUUUACUGGACGGCACCUUAAAACAAAGUACGCUCGAGGACCAUCAGACAGAAACCGAUCUCCGAUAUCAAGGCCAUCCAGGCAGCACAACGCUAGGAGCCCCGCUCGUCAAAAAGAGCAUGGAAUCUCCGACUAUUGCAGAGGACACGAAUGUAGCCCGCGGAAUAACGGUUCAACGCAGCCUUGGCUACAACAUCACAGCCACAAAAUACCGACACAAUCAUGUCACUCAGCAGAAAACGCGUCGGGAGACCUACUGCAUGCCACAAAAUCGACCUUGCCAGAGCGAACCGAGCGAAUCCAACCACGUGCCAUCGAUGAGAUUGUUGAUUUUAUACCCUUCAAUUCCAGACGCCCAUCAAUUAGGGAGCAAUAUUCGAGACUUCGCGAAGACGAAGAAAAUGACAUAUUGGCCGAUUACAUAGCGAACAUUGACGAUGACUACGAAGACUACUGUCAGUGGCCUGAUUUGUGUCGCAGUACAAGCACGGAGUCCGACAACGGUCAAAUGGACAGACCGGCGUCUACAUGUGUCUCCGCUGAACUGGUCAAUGCCAAUUGUUCCGAGCCACCAAACAAUGGGGAGGAAAUAAUUCCAUGCGUACGCGGCCAAAUGUUGGCUGAAUGUGAAGAUGAGAGUGACACUGGUCUGGCUUCCGGAGGUAUGCCCAGUCAACUGCAUCCAAACACUUAUCCCAUGCUGAAGCCACCAGGAUUUACUGCUAAAUCGAAUGGAUUUGCGGUACUUUGCACCAGUUCGACGGACGGGGCACAUAGCUCCCCGAGCUCUUCCGAAUGCAGUGACACCGAAACGAAGGAAAUCGGCAAGGACUUGGAGAUCGAGACAGAGAGCAUGUGUCUGUCUCGGUCGCACCGUAACCGCAGCAAAGCAAAGGAAAAUCAUUUCGCUUCGGCAGCCGCUUUUGCUGAUGCAUUGGAAUCGGACCCAUUUUAUGGAUUCGAUAUAAUGGACUUCAACAGACCCAGCCUGCUGAACAAAACAAAAGGGAAGCAACGUGCUUUUGAUCUGUCAUUAUCCGAUAGCGAGCUGGAACUGCAAUUGGAACGGGCAUGGCGAAAUGAUAGAGAGAAGAAAAAGACAAGAAAACAGAAGAGAGAAGAGCUCCGUGCUGGAGGCCUACUCGGUCGGAAUGCAAAUGCGCCGGAUCUCAGAGCUAAGUAUUCAAGUGGCUUCGAUGUCGAUGAUCUGAAAUCGGAAAUGCGCAGUUUCUUGCUAUCAUCGAAAGAAAGGAAGGUUGUGCAUGACAUGGCAGGCGCACUGUCACUCAAAUCACAGUCCCGCGGCAAAGGGUCGUCCAGAUUUCCCAUGCUGUACAAGACUUCCCGCACACCAAGGCAUACACAGAAAACGAUCACACAGGUGGAAAGGAUAUUAUCGAAGUCUCAAUUCUCUCACCGUGGCCCCAAGUCACGGUCCCAGAACAACAAGAAACCGGCGAAGGCUUCUCGUGGUCGCCCUACAUCAUCUGUCAGCUAUAUGGAAGGCGACGUCGUUGGGGCCUCAGCACCGGAAAUUGGAGCGGAAAACAAGGGAAGAGCUAUGCUCGAAAGGAUGGGAUGGAGUUUGGGGACUCCACUCGGUGCCAUAAACAACAAAGGCAUUCUGUUACCUGUUGCGCACGUCGUGAAGAAUUCCAAGGCUGGCCUGGGGUAG